UCGUCUUGACCGGCUGCUUUUAUACUGACUAACGAUUACUGGACAGUGGACUGAUGAAACGUGUUGCUUGCUACUGCUAACCACUAACCAGCCCAUUGGUUAAUAUUAUUCGCCGGAUUCGUCACAGAUGUGUUUGUGCAGUUUGGUUAUGUUAUUUACAUUAUAUUUAUAACAUUGGACUAAAGAGAACCAUUAAUUUUGUUCUGAAUGUGAAUUUAUAUUAAGUACAUCACACAUGGGGAAUUGGACUUCGAUGAAAUAACUUGGCUAACAUUUUGUAAAUUGUAUUUUUAUGUUUUAUUUCGUUAAUAGACCACUGAGAGCCCUGUUACAAAAUGAGUGACAUAGAAGAAAAGCAAGAAUCAGGUACAGUGGAUGUUGGUGGUGAAGAUGCGAUCCCAGGAUCACAUUUGGAUUUGAACAACACAGAAGGACCGCCGGUAGAACCAGAAACUGCAGCAACUGGAGGAGAAGUUGAAGAGUCCCAGAUGCAGGAUGUGGCCGACACUGAACCAGUGUUGCCUUUGUCGGAACUUCAAAGUUCUUGUGAUACCUAUAUGAGUCAACAAAAUCACAUGCAGAUUCAAAGAAUAGACAAGUGUUUGAUCAUUACAUCAAGGCUUGACAGUGAAGAAACACGCGAUGAUUUAGAAGAUGAUGAACACCAAGAAGUGGCCGCAGAGAUGGACAAGUCUGCGGAGACAGAAAAGUCUGCAGUGACUGCCAAGUUUGCUGAGAUUGACAAGUCAGUCGAGAUCGACAAGUCAGCCGAGACCAGUGUUAUCAACAGCUCCCUAGAGGUGGAGACUAAUGAUUCCUUGCACAACAUAUCUUUGCCUGCAGCCCAACUUCCUGAAGAACAAAACACAAGUUUAGCUCAAGCUCAAGACAUUUCACAAGUAGAUGUUUUGGAUGAAAGUAUGGAACUGGAUGACAAUAUGCCUAAGAAACUCCCGAUGAGGAAGCGUAAAGAAAGAUCUGACGACUCGUCACCAUCGCCUAAGAAAUUCAAACAAGAAGGUGCUCCCGUACUUGAAACUUCAGAGGACAAAAGUACAUCAGAGGACAAAAGUUCUUUUGAGGUGAUCUAUGAAGGCUCUGGAACGAAGCAGGAAGAGGGGCAAAUUGUCAACAUCUCAUCAACUCCAGAGAAGACGAUCAUAAUUAAUGAUUCACAAGAGUUCAGCCUUCGCAUAGAUGAAACUUCACCUCCUCAAACUGGUGAAGAGAAGACGAAGGAUUCUCAAGAGAGUUAUACAUGGAAAUCCCAUGAUAAUGAGAAAAUGUCAUCGCCAAGUCAAAGUUAUAUGUCACAGAAGAGCGCGUCCUCAUGGACCUCCCACAAGGAUCACGAGGAUAGGUAUCAAAACAGGGACAAACUAAUUGAGGACUAUAAAAAAGAAAUCAUGGAUCUGAAAAAAGAAAAUGAAGAUCUGAUAAAGAAACUGGCAUGUUUAAAACGUGGAUCGAUAUCACCAGAAGCAAAACCAUCCCAUGCAGUUGGAGAAGGCAAGACGAGGACUGUGACAGACGAGAGACUGACCAGCAGCCUGAUCCAGUGGACAAUAGAUGACAAGACCAACAAAGUGCUAGCAGCGGAGCUCAAACAGAUCAGUGUGCUGGAAGAGUUGCAAGGGGAUAAGCCUGGCCGCUACUCCAUCACUUCCUCCAUCAGCACCAAGACGUCCUCUAGCGGCGGUUCUGUUGGGCUGCCGGGUCCGUUUCCAUUGCCAGGGUACACUCAUCGUACCCGGCUUUCCGUCAUGUCUUCAGUCUCCACCUCGACUUCUGGCAGCAGUAACACCAAACCAGGUUGGGAUGGACCGUUCUUGAAGCCCUUACUACCAGCAGGCAAAACAACAGUGACAAUAACAUGUGGCUGCUGUGGUUUCCUCUACCCACCUGUUGACAAGAUCUCCAGCCCCAUCAUGAAUGGCAGCCCAAAGCUGUCAGAAGAGGAUGAGGCGGAAGUGAAGUCUCUUUCUCCAAAGAGGUCAAAGAAGGUAUCACUGUCAAGCGCUGGAGCAUCCAGUGGUCCACUGGAGGAGGAGACCAGUUCCAGCUCCCUAACAGGGUCACAGCCGCAGCCUCAGGCCGCCAGCACACCCACCCCUAGCAAGGGUAGAGGGAGGGGCAGGAGGAAUGGAAGUGUACAGAGGACACCCAAGAAUGGAGUCGCCAAAUCGGUCAAGCCCAAGUCUUCUCUUCCCCUCACACCUAUUCCCAGUGAACCAAGCACUAAAAGAGAGGCAGUGCUGGCCAGGUGGGGGAGAGACGGUUGCUACUACCCCGGUUGGGUGUCUCCUACCCCCACUCCUGGACCCCAAACCCUAGUACAGUUCUGUGAUGGCCAGAGCAAGCUGACACCUAUGUCACGGGUGGUGCGUGCAGAUAUCGUCACCCCUGGCACUCUCGUACUGACUACCACUGCCACUGGCGAGUAUGAGGAGGCGUUGGUCAUCAAGGUCGACAAGGAAGGCCCAGAGCCCAUGUUCCAUGUGGAGAGAGACAAUGUGACCAGAGAAGUGGAGUUUGGUAGCAUAGCUUUACUAGAGGCGCAGGUGGCAGAGCUGACUAUGACCCACGCACAGAAAGCUGCUGCACACCUAAACUUCAAUGAUCUUUCUCUGGAGAACAUUAUUUCUCAUCCGCGGAAGAGGGCAGUACGGACAAAUUUUGCUGACAUAGCUCGAGGGUCACCUGGAAGGAAGAAGAAAAGACAGGCAACACCAGAGCCAUCUACCAGUCAUGGACACACCUUCAAUGGUCCUGAUGAGUACUAUAUGGACACAGACAGCUCUACUCAUAGUUCUUGCAGCCUUGACCUCAGAGGUAAAGAAGUGAAGCCGCUGGAUGUGGAGUGUUCCCCACCAGAAGUAGCCAAAAACGAGAGUCUCAAACUGAGCCACUACCGUCGUAAAAAUACCAAGUCGAAGGACAAAAAAGAGGAACCGGGACACCUUGUCGAGGCUAUGGGGCCGAUACCAGAACCAGGCAGUGAGCUGUUCAAGGACUGUGUGUUUCUGGUGACAUAUACCAACCAAGUGGAAAUCAGGGCUGUAGAGAGUUCCUACAGUGGUGACGAGAGUGGUUUGCCUGUCUGGAAGGAACGGUUGAGAACACAGAUCAAGAACGGAGGAGGAAAGGUGUAUACUUCACUCAACCAGGUGUCAAAAGAUGAGUUGGAGAGGACAUACCUGGUGACAGACAAGCCGAGCAAUACACCCUUGUACCUGCAGUGUCUAGUCAAUAAUAUUCCCAUAUACUCGAUAGCAGUCAUCAAACAGUGUUGUACGCAGAACAUCUGUUGGAAGGAUGUGAUCUCGCAGCGAAGCACCAAGAAGCUCUCAGCAGGUUACUCACUGGCCAAGAAGUGCAUGGUGAACCCUCGCAGUACACAGCCCUUGCGCGGCAAGACAAUCCUCAUAGCGUUAUCUGGGGACCCAUCUCUAACAGCGUUCUGGGAAAAUCUGGCAACCAAAGUUGGCGGCGCGUGUGAGACGUACCGUGGCGGUUGUUUGCAGAGGGACAAGUUUGACAUGGUGGUGACCGACCCGGGGUGUGAUCAGGACUUGGUGGCACAGGUGUGUGAGCAGAAACUGCCCCUGGUCUCUGCGAUGUGGCUGCAGCAGUGUAUAGUUACUAUUGACUACUCAUGUGUUGUGUUACAGUGCAGAGAGACAAGUUUGACAUGGUGGUGACCGACCCGGGGUGUGAUCAGGACUUGGUGGCACAGGUGUGUGAGCAGAAACUGCCCCUG